GCUGAAGGAAAAUUCAGUUAGAAAGUUACGUGAAAAGUCGCCACAUCGGCAAGCAUUAAGUACGCGUUGCGCGCAUUUACUGCAAAAAAUAUCCUGUGCGCUGUGGAAGCAAUCAAAAAAAAAUUGCAGUGUGAAAAGCUAAAUUUUGCAAAAUCUUAACACACCGUGUGCAUAGUAAAACGGACGGAAAAUGAAAAGUUGAAAACAUAUAAAGGCGAAAGUCGAAAGAGUCUACCUUGAAAAUUCUAAAGCACAUCCUUAAGUGAGUGAUAAAAGUGUACGAGUAUGCAUAUAUGUACGACAAGAAAAUUACACAUAUACACCUAAACGUAUGUAUGUACAUGCACAUGCACGCAAACAACGCAACAACGAGCACGCACAUAUCGCUGUGUAUACUUUGAAAUAGCAAACAAAAAACUACUUCUUAUUGCUUUGUAGGGUAGCGGUGGACCAGGGCGACAUUCUGAAACAGCUGUGAGACCGUUUGGAGCAGCAAACAAUAUCAAUAACAAAUAAAUAAUAUGUAUGUAAUAUAAUUGAAAAAUAUGUUUAUACCUACCGCUCAGCACUAGCAAACCGAAAACCUAAAGUCCACAAAUGUUAAGAAAAUAGUCAUGAAUAUGUGUGGCAUGCCAGACUCAAGGUGUAUUUAUGCUCAAAGAGCAGCAAUAACUGAGCCGACACAAGCACACAUGGAAAUGAAAAGCAUUCUGUAAAUGUCGUUGACGAGACGAGGCGGCGGUUGAGAAGUGCCUUCCAAAGCGGUUCGACAACGAGCUAAAGAACCACACGCUCAGCGAAUAACAGACAAAAAAUGCGUCGCCCGAAAUUUUCGUUAAAGAAAUAUUUUUAUUUCACACUCUUUUGCGCGCUACUACUGAUAUUCGGAUUCAAUUUGCGUGAACAUGAAAUUUGGAAAUCGAAAAGCGCAGCACCACAAGCACAAGCGCGUUCACCAGACGAACAAGCAGCGCAACCUUAUACGCACAUCGCCAUCACUGUGGCGUCGGACGAUGAGGCAGCGGCGCUGAGGGCACACGUCGACGACUCGGGCGAAGCGCCUGUGCUUAGCACCAACAACGCGCCACCUAUAGACGCUGUAAAUAAUGAAUUGAGCGAACAACAGCAGCAGCAGCACUUGCAUCCAGGACAGGUGCCGUUGGAGAACACCGCUGCACGUCCUUGGUUCUUCCGGCAAGGUGAAUACUAUCCGAAGCCAGCGCACGCCGCGCCUACGCGUACAGGGCAGGGUAAACGUGGCAGUUAUGGCGGUGGUGGAGGUGGCGGCGCAGGCGGUAGUUUGGUGCGUGGCAAGAAGCAUGAUCCACGCGGUGCUGGACUUUUCCCCUAUCAAAACCCGCACAGUGAUCGCAUUGUCAAUCAGUUGAUGUAUAUGCCGCCGAACUAUGAGAAGGUGCGCGCCAGCGGACGACUGAAAAUCAUACUGCUCUACAAUGGACUCGGUCCAUGGAAUGUAAAGCAAGGUCGUGAUGUCUUCCUACGCUCGAAGUGUCCUGUGGAUACCUGUGAACUGACAUCGAAUCGUGGUCUCGCCGACAAAGCCGAUAUGAUACUCUAUAAGGAUCAUUUCAUACCGACUGGCCUGGGGCGACCAGCGAAUCCACAGCAGGUUAGCAUGUUGUAUUAUCUGGAAUGUCCAUAUCAUACGCAAAAUGUCAAAGUACCAGACGCCAUUAAUUGGACGGCCACCUACAGGCGUGACAGCGACAUUGUGGCGCCUUAUGAGAAAUGGGUCUACUAUGACUCGAAAAUCAACCAAGUGGAGCAGGACCACAAUUAUGCCAUGAAUAAAACGAAAAAAGUCGCUUGGUUCGUGUCGAAUUGUGGUGCACGCAAUGGACGCUUGCAAUUCGCGCAUGAAUUGCAGAAAUAUAUAGAUGUUGACAUCUACGGCGUUUGCGGCAACUACAAAUGUUCGCGCAACACCGCCGACAAAUGCUUCGAGCUACUCGAUCACGAAUACAAAUUUUACCUCGCCUUCGAGAAUUCCAAUUGCAAAGACUACAUCACCGAAAAGUUCUUCGUCAACGCACUGCAACGCAAUAUUUUACCAAUUGUAAUGGGUGCACGUCCGGAGGAUUAUGAGGUGAGCUCACCACAUCGUUCCUACAUCCAUGUCGAUGAAUUCGCCUCGCCCAAAGAAUUAGCCGAAUACUUGCACAUACUCGAUAAGGACGACGAACUAUACAAUUCGUAUUUCAAAUGGAAGGGCACCGGUGAGUUUAUCAACACGUACUAUUGGUGUCGCGUUUGUGCCGCACUGCAUGACGAGGAGUCAUUACGUAAGCCGCGCUGGUACACGGACGUAAAUGAUUGGUGGCGCGGCGCCGGCGUCUGCACCAACGGUUCGUGGCGUAAUUUUAAGGCGCGCAAGGAUGUCAUACGCGACGAUUAGUGGCGACUGCCGUUGGGUUAUUGGCUGGCGAUUGCAAGCAUUGUUAUUGAAUAUGUUAAGUAAUAGUUUAAGCCAUCUUUAUAACAAUACAAUACAAAAACACAAACAACAACAAAAAACAAAGUA